ACUCAUCCCGCCCGCCUUAUUCCGUUAUUCGUUUCUUGGUGGUGUUUCUGCUUCUUUUGUCGUUGCUUAGUUGCCGUUUUCCCUUCCCUUCCCUUCACCUUCCUGCCCUCUAACACCCUGCUUUGCCUGGUAGCGUAUUGUUCCCUCCACACCUCCCUCCUCCCCCCCAGUCUGUGCUGUGAGCAACACCGCUAUUUCCCAAAACGUUGUAUAAAUUUUCCUUUCGACUUUUAUCCCAUCGGUGACAAAAAAGCAACCCGAGACCGGUCCACCCCCCGUCAAUUACAAUUUACGCGCCAUAACAUCCGUCCCACACACUACCUUUUUUUUUUUUUUUUUCAUUCUCAUUUUCGUUUCAUUUUUCGGUGCUGGUUUGCUCCUGCGCUACGGUAGGUAUGUAUAUCGCCCCAGGCGUUCCUAGGCACGGGCAACGGUGGUGCGGAGCGGAGGCGACGUUAUAUGUAUACUCACAUGUUCCUCUUUAGACUCUCCACACAUACUUUCCUCCCUGUUUUUCGCUACCGACUGAGCCCGCCCGCUGUUACAUACAUAACGUACAUACCAACAGUUGAUCUGACUUGCAGCAGCUCCAUGCUAAGACUUGUAACCUCCGCCGCCGCUCAACCGCCCCUGGUUUUCGAUUAGCUUUGGAGUAACUUUACACACACCUUCCCCCAUUCAACCCCCUCCUCCGCCCCUAUCACUAUUACUUUCCGGGAAUCAAGUCUCAAGGUUUCCCCCUCUCGUACUCAGGCCUUUUACCUCCAACCUACUACGGCUAUAUGCAGGCUCCCAUGCAACCCUCUUCCCCCCGACGACCACAGGUAUAUCCUUCGUUCGGAGAACGUCGAUCGAUAUCGCACGACUUGGCUAGGUUCUCUCUCGACCUGGGUCCGGCCCGUCCUGGAGUCUCCUUAGCUGCCCACACGGUGCCUUAUCCCUCGCCGCCAAUGUCCCAUUCUCCCCCCCCUUUGCAUCCUCUGUCACCUAAGCAGGAUGCUCGACGGCGACCAUCGACUUCGAUAUCGAUACCGCAGGACGUUAGGGGACUACCAGGGCGAGCUCUGGAGCAGCACUCGUAUUCCCACCACGACCCCCAGUAUCCGCACCAGCUGCAGCAACAACAGCAUCAGGGACCAGUGAGUGCGACUUCCUCCUCGGCAGAUAGCGAACACUUUCCGGCACCUUUUCCAUCCAUGAACAACCAUGAGAGCCCCCAUACCCAUUCAUCACAGCUUCCAGCCACAUCCCCUGGGCGAAGGACACCUUUCGUUUCCCCACCAUCAUUUCCGCCACCUCAGCUUCCACGGAGGACUAAAUCUCAUGUUGCAUCUGCAUGCGUCAACUGUAAGAAGGCACAUUUGGCCUGCGAUGGUAUGUUGCAGCAGCUGGAUUCAAUUCAUCUCUGCCCCUCUUGAGAUUUUUUAGAGUUUGAUUUUAUUUUCCUUUGACAGUUUCUUUUCUUCUCUUUUUCUGUCCUUGGCGCAAGGGACUGCUAUCUGCGGAGAUUUCCAUUCAAUUAUUCCGCCUUUGUGUUUUAUCUUCUCGUAGGCGCAAACUCUACCAAGGGCUCGGACACUUCGGUCACAAAACACGAAGGCCUGGCACCGGAAACGGGGAGUCGCGAUGUUUGGCAUUUGCCCCAUGAGUUCGUCCGAUAGUUUCCCCACGCUUCCCAGGCAGAUUUUAACCGAUUGGGCGGGGGGAUCGCGAAUUGUUGACUGGUCUUUUCGCUAUCUUAUUUCUCUGCGCUUUCUAUUGAAUUUUUGCUUUUUUUGUCUCCAGGGCCCAUUCCGGCCGAGCUGGAGACAUGUGUUUUUCUUGCUGGUUUUCUCGGCUAUCCCCCCUCCCCCUUGCUCUCCCUCAUCGUUCCCUCUGAUCCUUCUCUUGCGUUCUCGUUUUGCCUCACUGUGACCGCCCGACCGGAAAUCUGGGGACGCUUUCGUAUGUGAGCGCUUGUGAUUGUCUCGGCAAUCACGUGACUACCCGGCUUCUGAUCCUCUUCUUCCAAUCGGCCGAUUUUCUAAUGUUUUGAUCGCAGAGUGAUAUAUGGUGAUGACGCUAACUUACGUUGCUUUGUAGUUCGACGACCAUGCCCUCGGUGUGUCGGUCUCGGUAAGCAGGUAUAUUGCAGACAAAAAAAUCAUUUUUUUUUUUCCGAGUGAGCUAACUGUCUCGCAGGAUACCUGUAAAGAUGUUCAGCAUAAAAAACGCGGGAGGCCGAGACUACGAGAUGAAAGAACUCACAGCUUUGAGGUUGGUCAAAUCGGUGCAUUGCAGUCGCAUCGUCCUGAGAAUGUGUCUCCCCUUUCUUCGCCAACCACACGAUCGUUUAGAACGGGUCCCCAUCGUGUAUUAAAAUCGCAGCCGACCGACUCACAUCGGUACAACCGAAGGCCAUCCCUCACACCUCGCGAAGAAACUUUGGGCCAAUCCGGAAGCUACUUUGAUGACAGGCCCCUGCCUAGGUCUCGAGGAUUGAACCUGCCAUCACCGGUACCAAAUGCCACGGCAUAUCUGACAACGGAGCUGGUUGUUGCCAAGUCAUCGGAGAACGUAAGAGAGCUUUUGGGGUAUUCCGAGCAUGAGCUGAAUCGUGUCCGGAGCCUGUAUGAUAUUGUAGUACCGAGCGACAGGGACAAGCUUUAUCGUUUAUCAAGGAGAAUCCAGGAUGAAGUUACUGAAAGGGAGCCGAAUUACCGACCACCAGUUUCUCCGGAUUCGUUGUAUUCAGCUAUUCAGAAUGUUAACCAAGCAGAUAUCCCUAGUGCCACCCAUGGCUCAAAAGAUAUACAGGAGAGCCUCCACCUUCGCCGUCCCGAUGGCCAUUUCCUCCGUACACGGAUCCAAAUAAAUCUGGCUAAAACUUCUGUUUUCUUUGUUGUUGUCGUAUUUUCGCUGGUGACUGGGAUUCCGGCCCCACUCCAAUUCAAUUCAUCGCAAUCUUCCCUUGGAUCCCAAUCCCGCAUGUAUACGCCGGGCCCACAAAUACCCCCACCACCUCUUACUUCGCCGUCAUUUUUAACACCUUCGCAACAGCGACAAUUGCAGGGGGAACCCCAGGGACCGCAAUCGCCAUACUCAUUGCACCCAAGCAUCGCGCUCUCGUCCCCUAUGGACUCACGACCAAGAACACUGCAAUCAGAAUCCACAUUCCCCUCAUUAGCGCAAUAUGCAUCUGCCCCGUCCCCUGCUUCUGCGGGGUUCCCUUCGGUCCGUCGGCCUGUUUCGCCUGUGGCGUCAGCUCCGAGUUCGAUAUAUAAGAGCACAGCAUUGAAGAAUGACCUUCAAUUGCCGCCGUUACAGUUGAAAGGGAUUACUGAAAGUUCGGGCGGAGAUGGCAAGACGAAGAAUCCGUCAAGUGCUUCAAGUGAUGGGACCCAGGCCAGUAGCACACCUAGAAGGGAGCGAAUUGGCGUUCAGGAAAUGCUGGAAUAGAUAUUGGUGAUGUUGGUGCGCCACUUGCUGCGGGAGUGGGAUAGAGCAAGAACUUUGCGACAUUCGAACAUUCAGAAUAUGAGGCGCCCAGCAUCAGUAUCUGAGUGGCGAGAAUCCUGGAGGGCGUUUGGAGGAGUUUCUGUUUCGCUGGGCAUUGUGUUUUGCAUGUGUUUUUUUUGUGCUUCCUUUAUUUAUUUAUUUAUUUUUUGUACUAGCGGGUUGGUUUCAGAAAGGAGGAUUUGCGCAGAACCGAAAAAAGAGAUGUCGGUGGGGUAGGGGGGGGGGAGACCUUAUAGGUCCAAAAGAAGGAAAAACGGCAUUGGUAUUGCAAAGAGGGGGCCCAACCUCCGCUUUCCCCUCCUCCCCAUCAUCCAUUAAGGGUAGGAUAUCCCCUGGCUUUCUCAAGUGGUACCUGCACGCUACCGCGGCAGAAUCCCCCGAUAAAAAGGAGGAUGUGCUCGGCCAGACAGGUCCCAGCCUACAGUUGGCGGACCUUAUGGGUGUAUCGGCGUGUGUCCGUGGGGCUUCUGGGCCAAAGCGGAAUAGCAGGUACGGGAAUGGAAAAACAGCGGGAAAAUGGGCACGAGUGGGGGCGGGGUGUCGGGAUAUCGGGUCUUAAGGAGAGAGGAGGUAAAAGAGGGAGCGAGUCAGCAAGAGAACAAGAGUCCGGAUCGAGUAUCAAAACCAUGCAGAGCGCCAUGACUCUGUCCUUGCUCGUUAUCUCUUCUAACCACUACCUACCUAUUCUCUAACUCCCCGGGAUCGGGGCCAUCAGUACAGCGCGCGCAAAGAAUGAUGAAUCCCGAGCCUGGUUCACUUUUAUGUCUUGCCUGUCCUGCCAUGCCUUACUCCUACCCUUUUCACUCGGCUGACUAUUCCCGAACUCAAUCCGACUCCAUCACUCAAUCGCUCUCACCUUCUAACUCUUUAAUAUACUAUUUUCCCUUCUCUUCAUUUCCGAUAUUUCC